UAGGACAUCUAAUCUACCUCAGGGCUCAGGCUGAGGGAGUGAGAACACACAUACCUCAAUUUCAGCAAAUUAAUUGCCUUGAGUGAGAAAGAGAAAGAAUGGAGAUUGAUAAAGGUGAUCACCAAGACCAAGAAGAAUCUUCCUCUCUCACUCUCGACUGGAGAGGUAGACCUUCCAACCCUGCCAAACACGGUGGAAUGGUCCCCGCUGCUUUCGUUCUUGGUUUGCAAGCAUUUGAGAUAAUGGCAAUCGCCGCAGUGGGAAACAACCUCAUAACUUAUGUCACCAAUCAUAUGCACUUCCCUCUCUCCAAGGCUGCCAACGUUGUCACUAACUUUGUUGGCACCAUCUUCCUCCUCGCCCUCCUCGGCGGCUAUCUAUCAGACUCCUUCCUUGGCAGCUUCUGGACCAUGCUCAUCUUUGCCUUCGUCGAACUUUCUGGUUUCAUAUUGCUAUCGGUUCAAGCUCACGUUCCUCAGUUGAAGCCACCGCCAUGCAAUGAUGGAGAACACUGCGUAGAAGCAAAGGGCUUCAAGGCCAUGAUAUUCUUUGUAGCGCUAUACUUGGUAGCGUUGGGGAGUGGCUGUGUCAAGCCCAACAUGGUUGCUUAUGGAGGAGACCAAUUCGAUCAAGACAACCCCAAGCAGUUAAAGAAGCUCUCAACUUACUUCAAUGCAGCCUAUUUUGCAUUCUCUUUGGGAGAACUUAUUAGCCUAACGAUUCUUGUUUGGGUUCAAACUCACUCCGGAAUGGACGUGGGCUUCGGGGUGUCCGCAGCUGUAAUGGCAAUGGGAUUGAUAAGCUUGAUAUGUGGCACUCUAUAUUACAGGAACAAGCCCCCUCAAGGCAGUAUUUUAACCCCCAUUGCUCAAGUUCUUGUGGCUGCAAUUUCGAAAAGAAAGCUGGUUUGUCCAUCUAACCCACAAAUGCUUUAUGGAAGCCAAAACAAUGCUGCUCUUCCUCAUACCGAUAAGCUCAGGUUCUUGGACAAGGCUUGCAUCAGAGUCCAAGAGGGGACUAAUACAAAGGAAAGCCCGUGGAGAUUAUGCAGUGUUACCCAAGUUGAGAAAGUGAAGAUAUUGGUGUCGGUUAUCCCAAUUUUCUCGUGCACCAUCGUUUUCAACACAAUCUUAGCACAACUGCAAACAUUCUCAGUCCAACAAGGGAGAGCCAUGGACACUCGUCUCACCAAAUCCUUUAGCAUCCCUCCUGCGUCGCUUCAGUCCAUUCCAUACAUUUUGCUCAUCUUUUUAGUCCCUCUCUAUGACACCUUCUUCGUCCCAUUUGCCAGAAAAAUCACCGGUCACGAGUCAGGAAUCUCACCCUUGCGGCGAAUAGGUUUUGGCCUCUUUCUAGCUACCUUUUCUAUGGUUGCAGCUGCUAUUAUGGAGAAAAAGAGAAGGGAUGCAGCUGUGAACCAUAACGAAACUUUGUCCAUCUUUUGGAUAACCCCACAAUUUUUAAUCUUUGGGUUGUCAGAGAUGUUUACAGCCAUUGGCCUCCUUGAGUUUUUCUACAAACAGUCCUUGAAGGGCAUGCAAGCAUUCUUCACAGCUAUCACAUAUUGCUCCUACUCAUUUGGCUUUUAUUUGAGCACAGUUUUGGUUUCCUUGGUGAAUAAGAUCACUUCAACUUCUUCAUCUGGUGGUUGGCUUCACUACAACAACCUUAACCAAGACAGGCUUGAUCUUUUCUAUUGGAUGCUGGCUGUCUUAAGCUUCUUCAACUUCCUUAGCUAUGUCUUUUGCUCUACACGUUAUUCUCAUGCUCCUUCUUCCCUACCCCAACCUAAUUCCAAGGAGAUCAAUCCAUACUCAGGAGAUGACAAUAUUCCAUAGGAUAUAUAUUUUCAAAUUAUGUAUAUCUUUGCUUUUCUUUUACUAUAUAUAAAUAUAUAUAAAGAUACCGAUAAUUCUCCUUAGAAAUACUCUUUUCGGAUCUACAGUUACUGUAAAGAAUUGUAUGAAAAUCUCGUAUUGGGUCGCAAGCUUAAUCUGAUACUUCCUUUCCUUAA